AUGGCCGCAACUACAACCUCAACUACAGACGCAACCUCAUCUCGCGGUACCAUUCUGAUCACUGGUGCCUCAGCCGGCGUUGGGUUGGAAGCCGCAAAGGCUCUCAUGCAGGACGGCUGGCAUGUUGUUGCCGCUGUUCGUAACGUUGAGAAAGGUCGUCGUGUACUUGGUGAACGAGCUGUGGUUAUGGAAUGCGAUCUCGCCAACUUCGACUCAGUCGUGAAGUUCGUGAGUGACUUCAAGAAGCGUUAUGACAAGUUGGACAGGCUGGUGCUCAACGCGGGGGUUUACAUUCGUACUCAAACUCCUACGGUUAAUGGCUUGGACGAGACCUGGCAAAGUAACUUCUUAUCACACUUCUUAUUGACUCUAUUACUACUACCCAUCAUACGGGCGGCAGAAAACUCUGCGGUUAUCAUGUUGUCAUCGGUCUCUCACAGAUUGGUCGAUCCGUACACUCUCGGCGAGCACAUGGGUAAACCUGAGGGCUACACUAAGGAGCAGGUUUACUAUGGCAGCAAAUACUCUAUGACUGUCUUCGCAUUCGAGUUGGCUCGUCUGACUGGACUCAGGACUGUCGCUGCUAAUCCGGGCGGUGUUGACAGCGACAUAUGGCGAGAGCGAUCAAAGUUUCUCAAGUGCCUCUCUGCUACGGCCUUUUUGACAGCUCGAGAAGGCGCCCAGACUACCAUCGUUGCUUGUAACGAUCCUACAGCUGAUGGGUACCUCUCUCCUUAUCCUGUAGUCCAACGCUGCGGUUCCUUCAUGGCUAUCAUGACUGACCUCGUCGUGCCCAGGUUUAUGCUGUAUCCGUAUAAGAAGCUCAAGUGGGCCCUUGGGCCAGAUGCUAAACAUUUGAGAACUAAAGUUGGUUAUCGUGCUCGUGACCCUAAGGCAUGGGCCUACGUGUGGGAACAGGCCACGAAGAUUCUUUCAUCUAAGGUUGAGUCUGCGGUUUGGGAGGAAGCUAUGAAGAACUUGAGCGAUGCUCGAAUCAAAAUCAGCAAUGAUAAUUGA